AUGGUCUUGAACGAUCGUGCCUCACAGACUUUGCAUGAGAUCAGAAUGCCAAGAUCGUGUUUUUCGGACACCUUCAGGUUGGAAUUCAUAUUGAGCUUUAUGGAGGUAGCCUGGUUGUUGUCCAAGCAAGGGCUGGUGUUCAAGCUGGGAGUUUCAUCUUUGGUGCUGAUGCUUAAGCCUCGAGUGUAUGGUUCAUAUCUGCGGAAGAAAAAGCUUGGAGAAAGACGCAAGUUCCAGGAGAUUGGUACACGUUACAUAUCGGAGCAAAAUAUCAAAUACAUUUUUACAUGUCCUCCCAAAUGCCCGCCGGCGUUACCUCUAGUAAGAGGAGAUGGGGGGGUUAUCGCCGCCCGUAGAGAAAACUUUCCGAUGGCCGCCAUUUUCGCUUUGCUGUGGUUUUUUUGUUUUUCUUUUCCUUUUUAUCGUGUAGAAGAUAAAUUUGAAAGACUUCUGUAG